GCUCGGAGCUUAUGGUCUUGUCAGAGAGAGAGAGAGAAUGGUGAGAGGACGGAGCAUUGACAGAAAUGGAAUGAAGAAAGGAGAAUGGAGCCCUGAAGAAGAUAACAAGUUGAAAGUUUACAUUCACAGAUAUGGCCACUGGAACUGGCGUCAACUUCCCAAGUUUGCGGGUCUAUCGAGAUCAGGGAAGAGUUGCAGGCUGCGGUGGUUGAAUUACUUGCGUCCAAAUGUGAAGCGGGGGAAUUACAGUAGAGAAGAAGACAAUCUCGUCAUGCACUUACACGAAAAGCUAGGAAAUAAAUGGUCAGCCAUUGCUGCAAAACUACCAGGAAGAACCGACAAUGACAUAAAGAACCACUGGCACACACACCUCAAGAAGCGCCUCAAAGCAAAUCAACCGACAUCUGAACUGAUCAAAGAGAAGAUUACUUCCUCCGGCGAAACUUCCCAAUCGGAAGCCAACCAGCCGGGAGUGCAGUCCGGCCAAAAGCAGCAUUGUGAAGCCGGCCAAACGAGUGAUGAAUUGGGCUCCAUAGAAGCUGCCAAUGAACUAACUGAUCUGCCAUUUUCCUGGGAAAAUUCUUGCAGUGAAUUCUCCUCCAUGAACUCUGUAUAUGAAGUUUUAAGUGACAUAAACUGGGCUGCAGAAGAUAGCAUCCUUUCAAUGGAAGAUUUCUGGACAGAACCAUUAAUUGUAGAAGACACAUUUACAGAUUACUAUCAAAGUGGGUUUUCAUGGAACUUGAUGGAGGAAGGACUAGUGUCUCCGUAUUACUACGAUCAUGGAAUUGACGUGUUCAGCCAAAUUCUGGAAGAUUUUCCGUGAAACUAAGAGUCUUUGUUUUUGCUAUAAGUGGAAACUGAUAGCUAGUUACUGAAAUACCUUGUCGCCUCUUUAUUAAUGUCUUUUUGCUGGAACUUAGAUUAGGAAUAUUCUGGAAAUUGCCUGAU